CAGGAAUAUACAUCUUCCGAAUGGAGAGAGGAAGUGUGAAAUAUAAUUACCAAGACAAGAUGCUGAAUUUGCAGGUGACAGCCCUGACAGAGAAACCCCACAUCCGUGUACGGGAGCCUCUGGAGUCUGGCCGCCCCACACAGCUGGCCUGCAGCCUGCCAGGGGCCUGCGAAGGGGGACGACCACUCACCUUCUCCUGGGCGGGAGCCGCUGUGGACUCGCUGGACCCCCAGAACCGCAGCUCCUCGGUGCUCACCUUCACCCCGAGGCCUGGGGACCAUGGCACCAACCUCACCUGUCAGGUGAAACGGGAAGGGUCCCAGUGGACCACACAGAGAACCAUCCAGCUCAAUGUCUCCUAUGCCCCACAGAACCUCACCCUAGGCAUCACCUUCAGAAACGCCACAGCUAGGCCUGGCCAGUGUGGCUCAGAAGUUGAGCUUCAACCCAGGAACCAAGAGGUCACAGCCCUCAAGAUUCUGCAGGCCACUUCCCUUUCCAUCCUGGAGGGAGAGGCCUUGAGGCUGCUCUGUGUGGCUGACAGCAACCCCCCUGCCGAGCUGAGCUGGUUCCGGGGGUCCCCAGGCCUGAACGCCACCCCCCUCUCCAGCACCGCGAUCCUGGAGCUGCCUCGCGUGGGGCCUGCACAGGAAGGAGAGUUCACCUGCCAAGCUCGGCACCCGCUGGGCUCCCACAGCGUCUCUCUCAGCCUCUCCGUGGUCUACCCCCCGCAGCUGCUGGGACCCUCCUGCUCCUGGGAGGACCAGGGUCUGCACUGCAGCUGCUCCUCCAGGGCCCAGCCGGCCCCCUCCCUGCGCUGGCGGCUGGGGGCGGGGCUGCUGGAGGGGAACCAUGGCAACGCCUCCACUCUGAUGAUGGCUCGUGCACAAGUCUCUGCGUGUGAGAGGGGCCUUGGUGAUGAACAUUCAGUCUUGGCCAAACCCCUGGGCAUCCAGGGGGAUGGGGUCCUCACCUGCAUGUCAGGAGGGUCUCCGAGUCUGGCCUCAGGGCCUGGAUGCCUCUGUUGUCCCCACAGGAGGCAAGCAACCAGGAGACCAAAGGUCACAAAUGUUGAAGACCCUGUCAUGGACACAGUCACCUGGAGUUCCAAGCGAAAACUUGGGCUAGACAAGCCCCCAAACCAAGGGCUGCCCACAGAGGAUCCCCCUCUGUCAGAGGAACACUGGGAGGUCUACUACGGCAACCUCAGCUUUCAUGGGAUGAAGCCACAGGAACCUGAGGACCCGGAGGCCACCAGCAGCAUCAACGAGUACUCGGAGAUCUAGGAGACAAGCACAUGAGGACUCACUCAGAGCCCGGUCCUGGGCAGAGGCAUCGCAGCCCCUCAGGGGAGAAGAAGUCAGGGACUCAUUUCUGAAGCAUGAGGAGACCUUGUGGCACGAUUAACGUUAACUACUGUAUGAGCAGAGCAGAAAGAAGACAGGUGAUGGGAUUGCAGAGACGUGGCCUCAAACGCAGGCUUCAGCACAUCCCAAGGCAGCGGUCGCCAACUGGUGGUCCAUGAGGUCCGAAAGGUUGGUGACCGCCGUCAAGGCAGUGUCAUCACGUGGUGAUUCCUUCAUGUCUCUGUUGCUCAGUGUCCCAUUCUGUGCAGAGGGCAUGCAUUGUGCUCAAAGCUGGUUGUUGCAUUAAAUAAAUCAGCACAUAGACAUCAA